GUUGCAUUCGCAAAUUUGCUUACUCUUCUUCCUUGGAGACAAGACCAGACCCUCUAAAAGGAAACGAAUCCCGAAUCAGCACCACAAAAUCUUUCCAGAAGACGCAAAUCAUUAAAAUCCUAAAUCAAACAAAACAAAUACCUUGCGUAGAAAACUCUCAACAUCCAUAACAGUGAUAGUAACAACAAUCAAAACACAGCGAGAAACCAAAGAGAAGCACGGCAAAGAAGCAAGAAGAGCAUUGCAAGACCUCUCUUCUAUAUUAACUCUUACGAAGUUCUUCUCUGCCACAAACACAAACUCGUUCCCUAGUGAUGGCUUCUGGGAGAGUAGAUCUGAAUGGGAACCCCAUAAAGCCAAUCACCAUUUGCAUGAUUGGUGCAGGAGGCUUCAUUGGGUCUCACCUUUGCGAGAAGCUGAUGUCGGAGACACCUCACAAGGUUCUUGCUUUGGAUGUCUACAAUGACAAGAUCAAACACCUCUUGGAACCCGACACGCUUCCUUGGACUGGUCGAAUUCAAUUCCACCGCCUCAACAUCAAGCAAGAUUCAAGACUCGAGGGUCUCAUCAAGAUGGCAGAUCUGACCAUUAAUCUCGCUGCUAUAUGCACUCCUGCGGAUUACAACACGCGCCCUUUGGACACCAUUUACAGCAAUUUCAUCGACGCGCUUCCGGUGGUGAAGUACUGUUCGGAAAACAACAAGCGUUUGAUUCAUUUUUCGACAUGUGAAGUGUAUGGGAAAACUAUUGGGAGCUUUCUCCCUAAGGAUAGCCCUCUUCGUAAGGAUCCUGCAUACUAUGUUCUUAAAGAAGAUGAGUCUCCUUGCAUUUUUGGUUCAAUUGAAAAGCAGAGAUGGUCAUAUGCCUGUGCUAAGCAGUUGAUUGAGAGGCUUAUAUACGCUGAGGGUGCUGAAAACGGUUUGGAGUUCACAAUUGUGAGACCUUUUAAUUGGAUUGGACCACGAAUGGAUUUCAUUCCUGGCAUUGAUGGACCAAGUGAGGGUGUUCCUAGGGUUCUUGCAUGCUUUAGCAAUAAUCUCCUCCGCCGAGAACCCCUCAAGCUUGUGGAUGGUGGCCAAUCCCAGAGGACUUUUGUGUAUAUCAAGGAUGCUAUUGAAGCUGUCUUAUUGAUGAUCGAAAAUCCUGCCAGGGCCAAUGGGCACAUUUUUAAUGUGGGAAAUCCAAACAAUGAGGUUACAGUUAGGCAGCUUGCUGAAAUGAUGACUCAGGUUUAUUCAAAGGUAAGUGCAGAACCACCUUUGGAAAAACCUACUAUUGAUGUAAGCUCCAAAGAAUUUUAUGGUGAGGGAUACGAUGAUAGUGACAAGAGAAUUCCUGACAUGACCAUAAUUAAUAGACAACUUGGUUGGAAUCCUAAGACCUCACUUUGGGAUCUGCUUGAAUCCACUCUCACCUAUCAGCACAGGACUUACGCUGAAGCCAUUAAGAAGGUCAUUGCAAAGCCCAUGGCAAGUUAAACUUGUAUGGUGAUGAAGUGCAUUGUGAAGAGUGUUGGGCGCAUAGGGGCACUUACAUAUAGUUUAGUGGUUUAUGUUACGUACAUGAUAAUUUUCCCCUCUUGUUUUUGGUUUUGGUAGCCAAUGUAGCUCAUGCCAUCUUUGCGGCAUGCUUAUGAAGAAGUAGGAAAUUAUCAAGGGCAAUCUGUGCUACUGCUGCUUCUGGCUACUAGACAUGUUUGGACACCUUUUAUACGAGUAAAGAAGCUAUUGUGUGCAUGGGAUGAGGCUGUCAUUCCUGUGUUGUCUUUCCAGAUUUUGUUGUAACGUUUAUAAAUUAUUGGUCAUUAAUUUAUUUUAUGGAUUAAUUUUGAAGCAAUACGUU